AUGAUGAAUCCCAGUGUGGCACCAUUUCUAUGCGACGUGAUGGACAAGUCGAUAAUCCGAACAGAGUGGGAAAAAUGGCUUCGAUCGCUUACGCUGUACUUAGAAACAGAAGAUAUUACCACUGCGUCUAAGAAAAGAAGUAAAUUGCUACACCUUGGCGGCACUCAACUACAAGAAGUCGUGUAUAACAUCCCGGACGCACUGGUAGAAGCAAAAGAAGGUGUAGAUCCGUAUGAGGUGCUCGUGGGUAAAUUGACGCAACAUUUCUCUCCAAAGAGGAACUCGACUUUCGAACGACAUCUAUUUAGGUCCCUGAAACCAGUGGAAGGGGAGACCCUAAAUAAAUUCAUUUUGAAACUAAGAGGUCAAGCUGCUAAAUGUCAAUUCGGCAAGACCGAGAAAGAAGUUAUAGAAACCAAUAUAAAAGAUAAACUUAUCGAUGCGUGGGCACCAAUAGAUUUAAAAAAACGACUCCUUGAAAAAGAACAUGAUUUAACGCAGGUUAUUGAAAUGUGUCAGAUACACGAAUCAAUAAAAAGCCAAACGACAACAAUGGGGUCUGACGUAGUACCACUGAACGUAAACAAAAUCGCUAACAAAACUAAUUUCGAUACUGCUGAAUGCGAUAGAUGCGGGCGUAAAGGGCAUACGCGUAAUAACUUUAACUGCCCGGCUAAGAAUGCUAAAUGCAAUAAAUGUAUGCUACAGGGUCAUUUUGCAGUGAAGUGUAAAACAAAAAGGGUCAAACGCGAACACGGAAGUAGUGGUUAUGAUAACUUGAAACGGCGGCGCAUGACAACAUCUAGAGUGCGUUGCAUAAAUAAUGAGAGUGAGAUGAUGCCUGAAGAUAUGCGGGAGUUUGACUGUUUCAAAAUUGAUAGUGAUACGGGCGAUGAGAUGAUAAGAUGCUCUGUUGGUGGUCAAACGAUUGACAUGGUAAUUGAUUCUGGAUCUCGAUUUAAUUUAAUAAGUGAAGGAGAUUGGUCGAAAUUACGAAACGGACAGGCCGUAGUGUGGAACAUCUGGUCCCACUCUCCCAAUCAAUUCAAAGUGUAUGCCGCGGAUAAGCUUUUGAAAGUGUUGCAGGUAUUUGAUGCGCCAAUCGCUGCAGCGCAUGCAGAAAUGAUUGCUACCUUUUAUGUUAUUGAAAAGGGAAGUCAAUCACUAUUAGGGCGUGACUCAGCAGCAGUGCUGCCAGUUUAG